AUGGUCGCCAUACCUACUCUCUCUCUCCUAUUGGUCCUGGCAGAGUGGGCAGGUCUGGUGGACGCCUCCCCCCACCUCCUGCUCCGGCCCAGCCCGCGGGAGCGUGAUGCAGGGGCCAUGAUGAACUUCAACAUCGCCGUGAUCCACGCCGGUGCUACGGUGCAGGCAGAGGCGGCGGUGGCGGGGCCUGGGGGAAGGGUGCUCUACCCUGGCUUCGGCCGGGUAUACGGCUCCCUGGGGGAGAGCGUGGUCACCCAGUGGGGCUCUGCUAACGUCAUCUGGCUACAGGUGAAUGACAGUAGUCCUAAGACGGUCCUGUCCCAGCUGUGUGAGCUGCUGGCGGCGCGGCCCCUCCAGGGUCUGGUUUAUGAAGAGGAGAGGCCCCCUCGCACAGCCUGGGGUCCUUUGGCCCCCAUGCUGGAGUUUGUCUCUGCGCAAACAGGACUGCCCAUAGUGGCUGUAGGAGGGGGAGCGGGGCUGGGGAGGAUGCCACAGGAAUCAGGUUCCAUCUUUCUCCAGUUCAGCUCCUCUACUGCCCUCCAGUUAGAGGUCAUCUUUGAGGUGCUGGAGGAGUAUGACUGGACCGCCUUUUCCGUGGUGUCCACGCGUCACCAUGGCUACCAGGAUUUCCUGUCGGUGGUGGAGGGCCUGACGGACGGCUCGUUCAUCGGCUGGGAGAAGAAGAGUGUGGUGAUCCUGAACGUGACCGACGACCCUGGGGGGGCACGCACGCGCAGGCUGCUGAAGGAGAACGAGGCGCAGGUACGCUUGCUGUACUGCUCCCAGGAAGAGGCUGAGCUGGUCUUCCGAGCCGCCUGGGCUGCCGGUCAGGCCGGAGCCUCGCACAUGUGGUUUGCUGUGGGGCCAGCUCUCUCAGGUUUGGGCAUGGAGAGCCUGCCCCGGGCUCUGUUUGCCGUGCGGCCCCAGGGCUGGAGGGACGAACCUCGCCGGAGGAUCGCUCGGGGUGUGUCUGUGCUGACUCACGGGGCAGUGGCGAUGCGCAAAGAUUACGGAACCACGGGUGGGCCCAACUUUGUCACCAACUGCAUGACGGAUGCUAAUCAGACCCAGAGACUGCGGGGCAGGAUGAGGUAUUUCAGCAACAUCACACUUGGUGGUCGAGACUACUCCUUCAAUAGUGAUGGUUACCUGGCGAACCCCUUCCUGGAUGUAAUUUCCUGGACACCUGGACGUGGAUGGGAAGAUGUAGGCUGGUGGGAGAACGGCGUGCUGAGGCUCCGGUACCCAGCCUGGUCCCGCUACGGGCCUUUCCUUAAACCACCUGAUGAUGCCCAGCACCUGCGCGUUGUCACGCUGGAGGAAAGGCCGUUUGUCAUUGUGGAGCUGGCAGACCCCGCAUCCGGAACCUGCAUCCGUGACUCAGUGCCCUGCAGACGACCCCUUAAUGCCAGUGCCAUCCAUGAGGGCGUCGCUCCCAUGAAGCAGUGCUGCAAAGGCUUCUGCAUUGACAUCCUCAAGAGACUGGCCAGGAUUGUUGGCUUCACCUAUGACCUUUACUUAGUGACCAAUGGGAAACAUGGGAAGAAAAUUGAUGGGGUUUGGAACGGCAUGAUUGGAGAGGUGGUGUACAAGCGAGCGGACAUGGCCAUUGGCUCGCUGACUAUCAAUGAGGAGAGGUCAGAGGUUGUGGAUUUCUCUGUCCCUUUCGUGGAGACGGGGAUAAGUGUCAUGGUCUCCCGUAGCAACGGAACUGUAUCACCAUCUGCUUUCUUAGAGCCCUACAGUCCAGCGGUGUGGGUGAUGAUGUUCGUCAUGUGCCUGACCGUGGUGGCUGUGACCGUCUUUAUUUUUGAGUUCUUCAGCCCUGUGGGCUACAACCGCAGUCUCCAGAAUGGCAAGAAGGCUGGAGGGUCUACUUUCACAAUAGGAAAGUCUGUAUGGCUUCUGUGGGCCAUUGUCUUCAACAACUCUGUGCCAGUGGAGAACCCCAGAGGAACCACCAGCAAGAUCAUGGUGCUGAUCUGGGCCUUCUUUGCUGUCAUCUUUCUGGCCUCCUACACUGCUAACCUGGCUGCCUUCAUGAUCCAGGAGGAGUACAUUGACACAGUGUCAGGCCUCUCGGACAAGAAGUUUCAGCAUCCCGAGGAGCAGUACCCACCUCUGAAGUUUGGCACGGUGCCCAACGGGAGCACAGAAAAAAACAUCCGCUCCAACUACCCAGACAUGCACCAGUACAUGGGCAAAUACAACCAGAAAGGAGUGGAGGACGCCAUACUCAAUCUCAAGACUGGGAAACUGGAUGCUUUUAUUUAUGAUGCUGCAGUAUUGAACUAUAUGGCCAGGAAGGACGAAGGUUGUAAGGUGAUGACCAUAGGCUCGGGGAAGGUUUUUGCCACCACAGGCUACGGUAUCGCCCUGCACAAAAACUCACGCUGGAAACGUCCUCUUGACCUGGCCCUGCUGCAGCUGGUGGGAGAUGAUGAGAUUGAGAUGCUGGAGCGCCUCUGGCUGUCAGGUAUUUGCCAUAAUGACAAAAUUGAGGUGAUGAGCAGUAAACUGGAUAUUGACAACAUGGCCGGGGUCUUCUACAUGCUGCUGGUGGCUAUGGGCCUCAGUCUGCUGGUGUUUGCCUGGGAACACUUGGUCUACUGGAAGCUGCGCCACUGCAUGGCCACCAGUUCUGGCAAAUUGGACUUUCUCCUGGCAAUCAGCAGGGGCAUGUAUAGCUGUUGCAGCUUUGAGGAUGAAACAGCGCCAGGUGGAGCUAAGUCUUUGCCUCCUCAUCACCACACUGCAAUGGUUACAGUCCCAUCCCAGCCGCAUGUUGUCUCAACGUCUAUGACCAACCCAGCUAUGGCCAUGGCGCAACAGCAGCAACCACCGCAACAGCAGCAACCACAGCCCGUCUACAAAACACCUCUACCGGGCUCUCCUCCCACCGUGGUGCAUUCUGGGACAGCACUGGGUCCCUCCAACACCCCCAUUGCCGGUGCACCCCUCCCUUGCUCCACCUUCCUGCCCCGGCCAGACCGUAGACUGGCUGUGGUGGAUCGCUGGAGGCUGCCCAAAUCUGCUACAGCUACCAACCCUAUGGCUGUAAGGGGGACCAUCACUGACAUGGGACCCUUUGCUCAGAAAGUCCCACCAAACUGGGCUUCAACUGCUGGAGGGGGUGGGGGACUUGAUGGCUAUAAGAGAUACUAUGGUCCCAUUGACCCUGAGGGACUGGGGCCCUGCAUGGAGCAGCAGGCAGGGUCCCAGACCCCCAAGACUAUGCCCAGGGGGGCCGCUAAAUCUCUGGGCACUCCCAGACUGCCUCCUAAGAGUCAGGCCCCUCUGCCUCCUACACCCCCACUGCCACACCCCUCUCCCCCUCUCCCCUCAUCCUUCUGGAGGAAGCGCAGGCCCAAGAAGCCCAAAGAGCCUGGAGGGCCACUGUACGAGAACAUUCUGCCCCUGGGGCGGAGGGGAGGAGCACGCGAUGGAGUGAGGGAGGGAGGAGGGAGGAGGGCACGCCCCCUCUCUCCCCCGCUCUCACUUCCUGUGCCAGUACCCCUCAGCCCCUCCUACACCCCCCCCUCUCCGUCCGCAUCCUUGCACUACACGUCCUCUUCCUCUUCGUCAACCACGUCAUCCACAUCCACAUCUUCAUCUGCCUCAUCUUCUCGCUCCACCUCUCCGACUUACUCCUACAGCUCCUCCAGGAGCACGCGAGACAGAACUGGAGGAAUAGAUGGAGAGGAUGAUGAUGACGAUGAUCAGCUGACGGAAGAGUCAAGCCUCCUCCUUGGCAGGGGGAGGGAGAGGGAACGUUCAAUCAUCCGGCCUCGUUCCCUCAGCCACGGGCGCCUGCCACCACCCAUACCCCCCAGGAAACCACGCACAUCCUGGGGUGACAGAGAACGAGAACGAGAAAGGGAGAGAGGGGGGAGUCAACUGUCUCAGCUCCAAGAGUGGUGGGCAAGCUGGAGUGAGAGAGAGAGGAGUGGUGGAGAUGCAGAGAGGCAAAAAAGGGAAAAGAAGAGGAGAAAAGAGAAGGAGAAAGAGAAGAAGAAAAAGAAAAAGAGCAAGAAGAGGAAAAAGAGGGAAGAAAGGGAAAGAGAGCGAGAGAGAGAAAGGAAGCGGCGAAAGGUGAAAAAGAAGAAGAAGAAGUAUCGGUGCACAUUUGGGGAGAAAGGGCGGGAUUCAUGGGAAGGAGAGAGGGACAGAGGCAGGAGAGAAGGAGGAGACGAGGGUAACGACAGGGAAGAGGAGGACAGUGGCAGAAGCAGAGAGAGGCAUCCCAAAUCCUCACGCCCUCAUUCCAGACAUCGUACCCCCAGUAAGCGCUACCCCAACCUCAACAAACUCCCCGCAUCAGUCAAAUUUUGGGUGAAUGGGAGAGGAGAUGGCUCUAAUACUCCCCCGACAUCCCUCCACCCGCUCCUUCCAUCCUCCAAGCGGAGAAGAAGUGGAGGGAUGGACAGAGACGAUAGCGGUAGAGUUGGAGAGCGGCGUCCUUUGUUAAUGCAUUAUGAAAAAGAGAAAGCACAGACAAGAGAAGGGCUGUCCUUCCAUGAGUGGGACUCUGAAGAUGACGAGGAUGACAAUGACGAGGAAGAGGAAGAGAGGGAGAGACUGAGGGAGGAAAGGGGAAGGAGAGCAGGUAGGGGGGCAGUGUCUGAGUCAGAGAGGGAAAGGGCCAGGGCAGAGGACAGUUACUCAGAUGAGGGCUCGUCAGGGGAGUUUGGCCGAUUUGAAAGGUACUGGGAGGGAGGCGCAGGGGGAAGCAGCACUGGAAUAGGAGGCAUAGGUGGAGGAGGCUGGUUCUUUGGCACCUACCCCUCCAGAGAGAAAGGGGGCAGUAUCAACAGUCGGGAUGAUUCCUUACUAGGGACUCGGGCAGAGGGAUGGAUUGGUACUGAUUUCUGGGGUUCAGGGCCAGGUGUAGGUUGGGGAUCAGAAGGAGGGAGUGGAGGGCUUGGCUCACAGUGGCCACCUCCGCCCGCAGCCUUCCCUCCUCCGAGAAGAUACUGGUCAAUGGACAAGAUCCCUGUGAAGGGAGAGAGGAAAUGGAAGAGUGGAGGAGGGAAGAGCAAGGGGAGAGCUAGGGACAGAGGGGAAGAAGCAGGACGGGUCACCAUGUGUUCCUGUAACCUUUACCCCCAACCCCACCCUUACCCACAUCCCCACAGUCGCUCGCACACCUCCCACUCCAAGAGAGGAACCACGGCGCUUUCUCAUAGCCAGGAAGAGCUUCUCCCCCACUGCCACAGCUUCAGCGGGGGCUCUCGCCCCAAGCCUCUGCCUCCCAAACCAGAUCCCAGUCAGGCCAAAUCCGGCAGCCAAUCUAACCUCAGCCUCAGCACACAGCCCACAGACCAUCCACCUCAGCCUUCACCGUCACCACCCCAGCAGCCGUCCAUGUCUCCCACGUCCCUCCCGAUGCCCAUACCGCCUCCGCCCUCCUCAUCCUCCGUCUCACCACCAGCAGGGGUAGGGAUGGCAGGCCAGGGCCAGGCUCAGGCUUCGGCCAGUGCCAAGCUCCAGUAUCAGAGACUGCGCUCGGUGCCACAGCCACGGAGGUUCUACUCCCCCCACCUGCCACUCAAAGCCAAGAGCCUGUGCUCGCGCAGAGGGUCGGCCCAUUUCUCCAGCCUGGAGAGUGAGGUAUGA